CGAAUCUCCAACCUUGUGAUGUACAUCGUGAUCAUCAUCCACUGGAACGCCUGCAUGUAUUACUCGUUCUCCAAGGCCAUCGGGUUCGGAACGGAUAAGUUCGUGUACCCGGACACCACGGACCCAGAGUUCGGUCGGCUAGUGAGGAAAUACGCAUAUAGCAUGUACUGGUCCACACUGACGCUCACCACUAUCGGUGAAACUCCACCGCCAGUCAAGAACUCAGAGUACUUCUUCGUGGUCACGGACUUCCUAGUCGGCGUCUUGAUUUUCGCCACCAUCGUCGGUAACGUCGGUUCGAUGAUCACCAACGCGAACGCGGCACGCGCAGAUUUCCAAGCUCGCAUCGACGCCAUCAAACAAUACAUGAGCUUCCGAAAGGUCACCAAAGAAUUGGAGAAACGAGUCAUUAAAUGGUUCGAUUUCUUGUGGACCAACAAGAAGGCGGUGGAUGAGAGAGAAGUCCUGAAGUACCUGCCGGACAAGCUGCGGGCGGAGAUCGCGAUCAACGUGCACCUGGACACACUGAAGAAGGUGCGCAUCUUCGCGGACUGCGAGGCCGGGCUCCUGGUGGAGCUGGUGCUGAAGCUCCAGCCGCAGGUCUACAGUCCCGGAGACUACAUCUGCAAGAAGGGCGACAUCGGACGCGAGAUGUACAUCAUUAAAGAAGGGAAACUUGCAGUGGUGGCGGACGAUGGAAUCAAGCAGUUUGUGGUUCUCAGCGACGGAAGCUACUUCGGGGAGAUUAGCAUCCUCAACAUCAAGGGCAGUCGCGCAGGAAACCGCAGAACCGCUAACAUACGCAGCAUUGGCUACUCAGACCUCUUCUGCCUGUCCAAAGACGACCUGAUGGAGGCGCUCACCGAAUAUCCCGACGCCAAGGCCAUGCUGGAGGAGAAGGGUCGGCAAAUCCUGAUGAAGGAUAAUCUCCUGGAUCUGGAGCUGGCCAAGCAGGGCCCGGACCCGAAGGACAUGGAGGAGAAGGUGCUGAAGAUCAGCGGUGUUCUGGACGAGCUGCAGACCCGCUUCGCACGCCUGCUGGCCCAACACGAGGCGGCUCAGGGCAAGCUGAAGAAGCGGGUCACUAAACUGGAGCAGAAGAUCUCAGACUCAGGAGGAGUGGAGAUCCCUGAGCCAUGAGGGAACCAGACAAACCCGUCAAACUAACGAGUGUUAGAGUCCUGAACAGAAGCCUUGUUGUGUGUGUGUGUGUGUGUGUGUGUGUGGUCCAGCUUGGGGUUAUCCCGCCAGUCUGUGUUUCAGCACUGCAAAAAAUGCUUUUCUUACUUAGUAUUUUUGUCUUGUUUUCAGUCCAAAUAUCAAACAUUUCUUUCUAUGCAUUUACUAA